AAAGAAAAAUAGAAAAUUUAUCCAACUUUUAUAAUCUCGGCCUUGUUCAUCGGUUUCUCCUUGCUCAAGCAAACUCACGAAGAAGCAUUUUCCAAAUCUCACUGAGUUACUCACUCGUCAAUGGAAGGUCAAGAGGGAACUCAACAACCGCACCUCAUCCUUGCUCACAAGCGCUUCCUAUUAACACACCCCGAUGUCCAAGACAUUGAGAAGGUCCGCCUCAAGGAGGAGGUCUUUGCUGCCGUUAAAUCUGACGAUAUGGCUCCCUUGUACGAAACCCUAAUCACCGAAGGUUUGCUGGAAAAAGAUCAAAGCAUUUUGGAUUUGAUGCGUGCUAAGAAUGAGGACGAGCUUAAGAAGAUUGAUGAGAAGAUUGCCGAUGCUGAAGAAAACUUAGGAGAAAGCGAGGUUAGAGAAGCCCAUUUGGCCAAAUCUUUGUUCUACAUUCGGAUUGGUGACAAGGAGAAAGCAUUAGAACAACUGAAAGUGACAGAAAGCAAAACCGUUGCGGUUGGGCAAAAGAUGGACUUGGUAUUCUAUACGUUACAGCUUGGUUUUUUCUACAUGGAUUUUGAUCUCAUUUCCAAGAGCAUUGACAAAGCAAAAAACUUGUUUGAAGAGGGAGGUGACUGGGAAAGGAAGAACCGAUUGAAGGUGUAUGAGGGCUUGUAUUGCAUGUCUACUCGAAAUUUCACAAAGGCAGCCACUUUAUUUUUGGAUUCCAUUUCAACCUUCACUACCUAUGAACUUUUCCCUUAUGAUACCUUCAUAUUUUACACCGUCCUCACAAGCAUUAUAACAUUGGAUAGAGUCUCCCUGAAGCAAAAGGUAGUGGAUGCUCCUGAGAUCUUGACAGUGAUUGGGAAAAUUCCGUAUCUUUCAGAAUUCCUAAAUUCUCUGUACUUCUGUCAAUACAAAUCGUUCUUCUCCGCAUUUGCUGGGAUUGCGGAACAAAUUAAACUUGACCGCUAUUUGCAUCCACACUUCCGAUAUUACAUGAGGGAGGUCAGGACUGUUGUCUAUUCACAGUUUUUGGAAUCCUAUAAGAGUGUUACAAUUGAAGCUAUGGCAAAGGCUUUUGGUGUGACAGUAGAGUUCAUUGAUUUGGAAUUAUCACGAUUUAUUGCUGCAGGGAAGCUGCAUUGCAAGAUUGAUAAGGUUGCGGGCGUUCUUGAAACUAACCGCCCUGAUGCAAAGAAUGCUCUUUACCAAGCCACCAUCAAGCAAGGGGAUUUCUUAUUAAACCGAAUCCAGAAGUUGUCCCGUGUUAUUGAUCUGUGAGGAUUCUAGGUGUUCUUUGCAAUUUGCAAUUGAUGCCAAAUUCAAUGUUUCCAAAGAAAAACAGAGCAUAGGUUUAGGGACUUCAUGCUUGGAAGUUUGCAUUCAAUCAAUCUGAUACUAGUUGAGUUGUUCUUUGUUUAUUUCUUCUCCAGUAUAUUAAGAACUUAAGCAUAUCUAUCGUCAAA